AAAAACCAGCUAAAAUGCUAUCAGUAGCAGUUAUCUAUGGAAGCAGUAGCUUUCCAAAUCAGUUUUGAUCAAUAUCAGAUUGUUAUCCAGAUCACUUCUAGUAUCCAUAUAUCACUCCACAGUCUCCCUGUCAGCUUCUUGGUCAAGUGAUCGCAUUUUUUCUAUUAGGGCAUCAUAAGCAUGAGAUUUAGCCUAGCGAUCACUGAAUUCUUUGGACUAAAUUUGCCAUAGACAAGACAUGAUUAUAUUUUCAAAAACUUGAGAACUAAACAGCUGUUUUUCCCGCGUUUUUAAGUUCUGUUUACUUUGAACCUUCGUGAAAACUCUUCAUAACAAACGACCAAUAUUUUUAGACGUGACACUUGAACUGUUCACAGUCUAUAUCAUUCUACAUUGAAAUAUGGAUGGAUCUAUGUUUUCCAAUACAUCAUCGUUUAGCCGCCGAGAUACGUCUUAUCGUGAAAGACACUCUUUGAAUGAUAUCUAUGGAUUUAAAAUAGAACUCGCAAAAUCUUUAUGGUAUGAAUUCAUGGACAUGGUUGAUAAAGAUGAAGGUGGCACGAAUGAGAUCUACUUCAACUUUUCUAAAUACAUCAAAGACAACAGCGAUUAUAUCAAGGGCUUGGUUACUGAAAUAAACGGAAGAAAUCCUGUAGCUUACCCAAGAUUUCCCGCAGAAGCCCGUACACUGUACAUGACAUCAUUGAGCAAUGAAUUAACAGAAUUAAAAAAAAUGAAGGAACUGAAGAAGAGAGAGAACUUCAUUUUAAAAAGAUUGCAGAAAAAUGUCAAGAAGGCGACGGAGGCAAUAAACAAAGUGAUAGAAGAAUCGGAAACCAAAAAACAAGAAGAAGAGAUGAUCGAUUCGAUUGAAAGAAAAAUAUUAGAUUGCAAAUUCAAAGAGGCAAAAGACAAAUUGAACUACAUUCUAAAAAAGGUAUUUCCCAACAAGGAGCAUAAGGCUGUUAGUAACAUUUUGGAGAAAUUAUUCCAUGCCGAAGAUGAGGAGGAAACUAACAAUGAGAAGUGGAUAGAAAUUGGCGAUGAGGAUCAUGCUCUCGUUCAAGGCUUGUUGAGAGCCAACAUAAUCGAGAUCAAUAAAGAAAAUAAGUCGGAAAUCCGCUUACUCCAGUCCUGAUCACUCAUAACGUAUGUGCCUAUCUUAUAUUGUCUAAGAUCUCGAUAAAUUAAAGUACUAUUAAAAGUACUUCUAUUUUGUACAAAAUUGCAUGUUUUAAUGAAUAAAUGACGUUUUUUACCACAUGAAACAA